AUGGGGCUAAGAGUGGCCAGCCUUUUCAUGCUCUGGCUGGCUCUUUCCUACGCCCAUGAAAUAAGAAAAGGAAGGACAAGAAACCACGGCCACUAUGUCUGCAGCACUUGGGGAAAUGACCAUUUCAAAACCUUUGACGGAGACAUCUACCAAUUCCCUGGCAUUUGCGAGUAUAAUUUUGUUUCUGACUGCAGCGAUUCUUACGCAGAGUUCUCUGUCCACAUCCAGCGUGCUCUGAACAGCGAUAACCACCCUGAAAUCCAGUAUAUUCUGCUAAAAAUCAAGGAUAUCACGGUGUACCUCAAACCAAAACUGGUUGUGGUGGAUGGGCGAAUUGUGAAGACACCUUACUACAGCUCUGGUCUGCUCAUUGAGAGCAAUGACAUUUACACCAAAAUUUAUGCCAAAUUAGGCAUGGUUCUGAUGUGGAAUCAGCAGGAUGCACUGAUGGUGGAGCUGGACAACAAAUUUAAUAACCUAACCUGUGGCCUCUGUGGGGAUUACAAUGGAAUUCCAAUCUACAAUGAGUUUAUCAAGGGAGAUGCAAGCUACAAUUCAAUUACAUAUGGGAAUUUGCAGAAGAUCAGCAAACCCAAUGCCAAAUGUGAAGAUCCAGAUGAAACUCAGGCUCUUCCAAGCUGUAACGAGCAUCGUGACGAGUGUGAGAGGCUGCUGACUUCCUCUGCAUUUGCCGAUUGUCGGUUCCGUCUUAAUUUGGAAACGUACAUCCAAGCCUGCAUGCAAGACAAGUGUGCCUGUAACGGCAAUGAGGACUCCUUCUGCAUCUGCAGCACCAUCUCUGAGUAUUCUCGCCAGUGUUCGCACGCCGGUGGCCGGCCCGGUGAAUGGAGGACGCAGAACUUUUGCCCCAAGACCUGUCCUGAUACCAUGGUCUACAGAGAAAGCAGCUCACCCUGCAUGGAUACUUGCUCACACUUGGACAUCAGCAGCCUUUGUGAGGAACACUACAUGGAUGGUUGUUUCUGCCCUGAAGGAACCGUGUAUGAUGAUAUUACUUCAAAAGGCUGCGUGCCUGUUAGCCAAUGCCACUGCAAACUCCUUGGAAAGCAGUAUGCACCUGGAGAAAACAUUUCCAAUGAAUGUGAAGAAUGCACCUGUAAUUCAGGCAGAUGGACGUGCAAAGAUUUACCUUGUCCAGGCACAUGUUCAGUGGAAGGAGGUUCCCAUAUUAGGACCUUUGAUGGGAAGAAAUACACCUUCCAUGGAGACUGUUACUAUGUAUUGGCCAAGGAUACUGCAAAUGACAGUUAUGCUCUCCUGGCAGAGCUGGCUCCCUGUGGCUCCACAGACAGGCAGACCUGCUUGAAGACUGUUGUGCUGUUAGUGGAUAACAAAAAAAAUGUGGUGGUUUUCAGAUCCGAUGGCAGUGUGCUACUGAAUGAGAUGACAGUGAAUUUGCCUCAUGUGUCAGCCAGCUUCUCAGUAUUCCAGCCAUCUUCCAACUACCUUGUUGUACAAACACCUUUCGAGCUUCAGGUGCAGAUCCAGCUGCUUCCAGUCAUGCAACUGUUUGUGACUGUGGAUCAAUCAGCUGAAGGGAAAAUUCAAGGUCUUUGUGGAAACUUUAAUGCAAUGGAAGGUGAUGAUUUUAAAACAACCAGUGGGCUGGUAGAAGCUACAGGAUCUGCCUUUGCUAACACCUGGAAAGCUCAGUCCAUCUGUACAGACCAGGUGGAAAAGCUGGAAGACCCCUGCAGUCUCAGCAUUGAAAGUGCAAAUUAUGCUGAGCAUUGGUGUUCUUUGCUGAAAAACCCAGAAGGUCCUUUUGCAACAUGUCACUUAGUCAUUGAUCCUUCAGAAUACUAUAAGAAAUGUAAAUAUGACACAUGCCUCUGUGAAGAUAAUGAAGAAUGCUUGUGUGCUGCCCUGUCCUCUUAUUCGAGAGCCUGUGCUUUCAAAGGAAUCAUACUGGAAGGCUGGAGAGACAGUGUCUGCAGCAGUGAAGUGUCUGCCUGUCAAGGAAAUCAAGUCUUCCUUUACAACAUUACAAGGUGCCAGCAAACCUGUCGUUCCCUUGCUGAUGGUGAAAAGUAUUGCUUGCAAGACUUUGCUCCUGUGGAUGGCUGUGGCUGCCCAUCUGAUACAUACCUGGAUAAACAGGAUAACUGUGUGCCCGUCUCUGAGUGCCCAUGUUAUUACAAGGGAUCAUACCUGGAACCUGGGGAAUAUUUUACAAAAGAUGGAGACCGCUGUGUUUGCCGAAAUGCAAAGGUCCAGUGUACUUCAGUGAAAAUAAGAAUGAAAAGUGUAGAAGAAUGUUCUUCUAACAAGACAUUCUUUGACUGCGAUGCAUCCUCAAAAUGGACUUCACAAACACCUGUACAACUUAGCUGUCAUACCCCUCAAACAAAUCAUUUCCAGACAGAGUGUGUCUCAGGCUGUGUGUGUCCUGAAGGUCUAUUUGAUGAUGGCAGAGGAGGCUGUGUUGAGGAGAAGGACUGCCCAUGCAUUCAUAACAACGAGUGGUAUUCUUCUGGACAGAAGAUAACAGUGGACUGCAACACCUGUACUUGCCAAAAAGGGGUUUGGAGCUGCACUGCCAAUGCGUGCUAUGGGACUUGUAUGAUAUAUGGAAGUGGCCAUUAUAUCACUUUUGAUGGAAAAUUCUAUGACUUUGAUGGGAAUUGUGAAUACGUGGCUAUUCAGGAUUUUUGUGGUGACAAAAAUUCCAGCGGCUCAUUCAGCAUCAUCACAGAGAAUGUCCCUUGUGGAACUACAGGAGUCACCUGCUCAAAAGCUAUCAAAAUGUUUCUAGGGAAAACUGAACUGAAAUUGGAGAACAAAGAGUACAAAGAAAUUCAGCGAGAUGUUGGUGAUGAUGUGCUUUAUUGGAACAGGACAGUAGGCCUCUACCUCGUUAUUGAGGCUAGCAAUGGUGUGAUGCUUAUCUGGGAUAAGAAGACUACUGUUUUCGUCAAGCUGAGCCCCGAUUACAAAGGCAAAGUGUGUGGUCUGUGUGGCAACUUCGAUGACAAGUCAAACAAUGACUUUGUAACAAGGAGCGGACUGCAGGAGACCAAUGCUCUGAAGUUCGGGAAUUCCUGGAAACAGUCUCCCAUGUGCCCAGAUGUCACACAAGAGAUUAAACCUUGUGAUUUGAAACCACAUCGGAAGUCCUGGGCAGAGAAAGAAUGCAGCAUCAUCCUGAGCGAAGUCUUCAAAAUUUGUCACUCCAAGGUGGACCCAGUUCCUUUCUAUGAUGCUUGUGUUCAUGAUGCCUGCUCUUGUGACAGUGGUGGAGAUUGUGAGUGCUUCUGUUCUGCAGUUGCUGCUUAUGCCCAAGAAUGUACCAAGGUUGAGGCCUGUGUUUUCUGGAGAACUCCUGAUAUAUGCCCAAUAUUUUGUGACUACUACAACCCUCGUGAUGAGUGUGAGUGGCACUAUGAGCCUUGUGGCAGUAACAUCACAACCUGCAGGAUGAUUAAUAAUGUCAGCACCAACUUUACAGUACCAUACCUGGAAGGCUGCUACCCCAGAUGUCCUAAGGACAAGCCUAUUUAUAAUGAAGAGACAAAAGAAUGUGUGCCUGAAGAUCAGUGCUGGUGUUACAUCGAUGGAAUUCAAGUUCCCCCUGGGCAUGAAAUACCCACAGAAGAAAACUGCACAAUAUGUGUCUGUGGCCCCUCAGGAUCCAUACAAUGUAAACCAGUUCCAGGGUGUCCUUGUGUCAUCAAUGGAACGAGUUAUCAAGUGGGUCAGACUGUGGCACAAGUACAGGAUGGUGACAUAUGUAUAACAUACAUUUGUGCAGAAAAUGGUUCUGUGGUUCCAGAUAAAAUCUACCCUUGUCCAACAUCUUCUUCACCUACAGUCCUUUCAACCUCAUUUCCUACCAGUACUCUUACCACCACAGUUACCACUACAAGCCAUCCAGUGACUACAACUCCAUGUUUUGGAUUAAUCUGUGAUUGGACUGAGUGGUUUGAUGUUAGUAAUCCUGAAAAAGAUGGUGGUGACUAUGAAACAUAUGAUGAAAUAAGAAAACAUGGAUACAAAAUAUGUGAAGCUCCUGAAAAAAUUGAAUGCAGGGCAGAGGAUAAACCUGAUGUGAGCUUAGAGGAACUUGGUCAGAAAGUGCAGUGUAAUGUUUCGUAUGGACUAAUAUGUAAAAAUGAGGAGCAAGAUGUAACUAUGUGGCAACUUUGCUACAAUUAUGAAAUCAGGGUAAACUGUUGUGAGUGGCAAGAAAUUCCCUGUGAGAUUACACCUACACCUAGUACACCACAAACUGCAACUUCAACCACCACCAAGACAACAGUACCUCUCACCACUACAUCCAGGAUUCCCACAGAAAUUACCACCUCGCCCACACACAUCGCUUCAACCACAAGUGAACUAAUACCAUCAGUCUCCACUCCAGUAACUUCAACAUCUCCAGGCCCAGGUUCAUCAACGCCAAGCACGGCAUCCCCUUCAACAGGAUCAACAACCACUCCCACUGCAAGACCAGGGGAGACUUCCACCAGCACUGCCAGCACCACGGUGCCCCCCAUCAGCACCACCAGCAGCAGCACCCCGGGGACAACCACAACUGCUCCUGGAUCAACAACACCCAUCUCUACUACUUCAAGCACAUCCACGCCUACACCAACAUUCACCACCACUGUACCACCUCCAGGCCCAGGCUCAUCGACACCAAGCACGGCAUCCCCUUCAACAGGAUCAACAACCACUCCCACUGCAAGACCAGGGGAGACUUCCACCAGCACUGCCAGCACCACGGUGCCCCCCUUCAGCACCACCAGCAGCAGCCCCCCAGGGACAACCACAACUGUUCCUGGAUCAACAACAUCCUCUCCAACUCCUGAAGGCUGUGAGUGCAUCUGGACGGACUGGAUUGAUGUGAGUUACCCGGAUAGUUCUGACAGAAACAGUGGUGACUACGAAACACUGGAGAAUAUUCACAAGGUCAACCCUUCCUGGGUCUGUGCAAAAGUUGAGAAUAUUUCAUGCAGAGCAGAGAAAUUCCCCAACGUUCCCAUUGCAGAUUUAGGGCAGAUCGUGGAAUGCAGUGUUAACACAGGACUCAUCUGUAACAAUAGAGAUCAGCACAUAGGAGGCAUAAUACCUCAGCCAGUCUGCCUGAAUUAUGAGAUUAGUGUGUGCUGCACCCCCGACAAACCAGAGUGUCUUCCACCUCAUACCCCAAGCACGACAACAUCUACAACGAGCAGCGUAAUCUCUUCAACAAUAUCCACAACUGCUUCAACAUCAGUGCCAACAGAGACUCCCAGCACGAUCACCAGCACCACGGUGCCCCCCAGCAGCACCACCAGCAGCAGCACCCCAGGGACAACUACAACAGUUCCUGUCUCCUCAACACCCACCCCAACUACUUCAAGCACAUCCACGCCCACACCAACAUUCACCACCACCGUACCACCUCCAGGCCCAGGUUCAUCGACACCAAGCACGGCAUCCCCUUCAACAGGAUCAACAACCACUCCCACUGCAAGACCAGGGGAGACUUCCACCAGCACUGCCAGCACCACGGUGCCCCCCAUCAGCACCACCAGCAGCAGGACCCCAAGGACAACCACAAUUCCUAUUGAAUCACCAACACCCACCCCAACUACUUCAAGCACGUCCACACCCACACCAACAUUCACCACCACCGUACCACCUCCAGGCCCAGGCUCAUCGACACCAAGCACAGCAUCCCCUUCAACAAAAUCAACAACCACUCCCACUGCAAGACCAGUGGAGACUUCCACCAGCACUGCCAGCACCACGGUGCCCCCCACCAGCACCACCAGCAGCAGCACCCCACGGACAACAACUGUUCCUGGCUCAUCAACAACACCCAUCUCAACUACUUCAAGCACAUCUCUGCCAACACCACCAUACACCACCACCCUACCAACUCCAGGCCCAGGUUCAUCGACACCAAGCACGGCAUCCCCUUCAACAGGAUCAACAACCACUCCCACUGCAAGACCAGGGGAGACUUCCACCAGCACUGCCAGCACCACGGUGCCCCCCAUCAGCACCACCAGCAGCAGGACCCCAAGGACAACAACUGUUCCUGGCUCAUCAACAACACCCAUCUCAACUACUUCAAGCACAUCUGUGCCAACACCAACAUACACCACCACCGUGCCACCUCCAGGCCCAGGCUCAUCGACACCAAGCACGGCAUCCCCUUCAACAGGAUCAACAACCACUCCCACUGCAAGACCAGUGGAGACUUCCACCAGCACUGCCAGCACCACGGUGCCCCCCUUCAGCACCACCAGCAGCAGCCCCCCAGGGACAACCACAACUGUUCCUGGAUCAACAACAUCCUCUCCAACUCCUGAAGGCUGUGAGUGCAUCUGGACGGACUGGAUUGAUGUGAGUUACCCGGAUAGUUCUGACAGAAACAGUGGUGACUACGAAACACUGGAGAAUAUUCACAAGGUCAACCCUUCCUGGGUCUGUGCAAAAGUUGAGAAUAUUUCAUGCAGAGCAGAGAAAUUCCCCAACGUUCCCAUUGCAGAUUUAGGGCAGAUCGUGGAAUGCAGUGUUAACACAGGACUCAUCUGUAACAAUAGAGAUCAGCACAUAGGAGGUAUAAUACCUCAGCCAGUCUGCCUGAAUUACGAGAUUAGUGUGUGCUGCACCCCCGACAAACCAGAGUGUCUUCCACCUCAUACCCCAAGCACGACAACAUCUACAACGAGCAGCGUAAUCUCUUCAACAAUAUCCACAACUGCUUCAACAUCAGUGCCAACAGAGACUCCCAGCACGAUCACCAGCACCACGGUGCCCCCCAGCAGCACCACCAGCAGCAGCACCCCAGGGACAACUACAACAGUUCCUGUCUCCUCAACACCCACCCCAACUACUUCAAGCACAUCCACGCCCACACCAACAUUCACCACCACCGUACCACCUCCAGGCCCAGGUUCAUCGACACCAAGCACGGCAUCCCCUUCAACAGGAUCAACAACCACUCCCACUGCAAGACCAGGGGAGACUUCCACCAGCACUGCCAGCACCACGGUGCCCCCCAUCAGCACCACCAGCAGCAGCACCCUGGGGACAACCACAAUUCCUAUUGAAUCACCAACACCCACCCCAACUACUUCAAGCACGUCCACACCCACACCAACAUUCACCACCACCGUACCACCUCCAGGCCCAGGCUCAUCGACACCAAGUACGGCAUCCCCUUCAACAGGAUCAACAACCACUCCCACUGCAAGACCAGGGGAGACUUCCACCAGCACUGCCAGCACCACGGUGCCCCCCAUCAGCACCACCAGCAGCAGCACCCUGGGGACAACCACAACUGUUCCUGGAUCAUCGACAUCCUCUCCAACUCCUGAAGGCCCAGGUUCAUCGACACCAAGCACAGCAUCCCCUUCAACAGGAUCAACAACCACUCCCACUGCAAGACCAGGGGAGACUUCCACCAGCACUGCCAGCACCACGGUGCCCCCCAUCAGCACCACCAGCAGCAGCACCCUGGGGACAACUGCAAUUCCUAUUGAAUCACCAACACCCACCCCAACUACUUCAAGCACGUCCACACCCACACCAACAUUCACCACCACCGUACCACCUCCAGGCCCAGGCUCAUCGACACCAAGCACAGCAUCCCCUUCAACAAAAUCAACAACCACUCCCACUGCAAGACCAGUGGAGACUUCCACCAGCACUGCCAGCACCACGGUGCCCCCCACCAGCACCACCAGCAGCAGGACCCCACGGACAACAACUGUUCCUGGCUCAUCAACAACACCCAUCUCAACUACUUCAAGCACAUCUCUGCCAACACCACCAUACACCACCACCCUACCAACUCCAGGCCCAGGUUCAUCGACACCAAGCACGGCAUCCCCUUCAACAGGAUCAACAACCACUCCCACUGCAAGACCAGGGGAGACUUCCACCAGCACUGCCAGCACCACGGUGCCCCCCAUCAGCACCACCAGCAGCAGCACCCUGGGGACAACUGCAAUUCCUAUUGAAUCACCAACACCCACCCCAACUACUUCAAGCACGUCCACACCCACACCAACAUUCACCACCACCGUACCACCUCCAGGCCCAGGCUCAUCGACACCAAGCACAGCAUCCCCUUCAACAAAAUCAACAACCACUCCCACUGCAAGACCAGUGGAGACUUCCACCAGCACUGCCAGCACCACGGUGCCCCCCACCAGCACCACCAGCAGCAGCACCCCACGGACAACAACUGUUCCUGGCUCAUCAACAACACCCAUCUCAACUACUUCAAGCACAUCUCUGCCAACACCACCAUACACCACCACCCUACCAACUCCAGGCCCAGGUUCAUCGACACCAAGCACAGCAUCCCCUUCAACAGGAUCAACAACCACUCCCACUGCAAGACCAGGGGAGACUUCCACCAGCACUGCCAGCACCACGGUGCCCCCCAUCAGCACCACCAGCAGCAGCACCCUGGGGACAACCACAAUUCCUAUUGAAUCACCAACACCCACCCCAACUACUUCAAGCACAUCUGUGCCAACACCAACAUACACCACCACCGUGCCACCUCCAGGCCCAGGCUCAUCGACACCAAGCACGGCAUCCCCUUCAACAGGAUCAACAACCACUCCCACUGCAAGACCAGUGGAGACUUCCACCAGCACUGCCAGCACCACGGUGCCCCCCAUCAGCACCACCAGCAGCAGCCCCCCAGGGACAACCACAACUGUUCCUGGAUCAACAACAUCCUCUCCAACUCCUGAAGGCUGUGAGUGCAUCUGGACGGACUGGAUUGAUGUGAGUUACCCGGAUAGUUCUGACAGAAACAGUGGUGACUACGAAACACUGGAGAAUAUUCACAAGGUCAACCCUUCCUGGGUCUGUGCAAAAGUUGAGAAUAUUUCAUGCAGAGCAGAGAAAUUCCCCAACGUUCCCAUUGCAGAUUUAGGGCAGAUCGUGGAAUGCAGUGUUAACACAGGACUCAUCUGUAACAAUAGAGAUCAGCACAUAGGAGGUAUAAUACCUCAGCCAGUCUGCCUGAAUUACGAGAUUAGUGUGUGCUGCACCCCCGACAAACCAGAGUGUCUUCCACCUCAUACCCCAAGCACGACAACAUCUACAACGAGCAGCGUAAUCUCUUCAACAAUAUCCACAACUGCUUCAACAUCAGUGCCAACAGAGACUCCCAGCACGAUCACCAGCACCACGGUGCCCCCCAGCAGCACCACCAGCAGCAGCACCCCAGGGACAACUACAACAGUUCCUGUCUCCUCAACACCCACCCCAACUACUUCAAGCACAUCCACGCCCACACCAACAUUCACCACCACCGUACCACCUCCAGGCCCAGGUUCAUCGACACCAAGCACGGCAUCCCCUUCAACAGGAUCAACAACCACUCCCACUGCAAGACCAGGGGAGACUUCCACCAGCACUGCCAGCACCACGGUGCCCCCCAUCAGCACCACCAGCAGCAGCACCCUGGGGACAACCACAAUUCCUAUUGAAUCACCAACACCCACCCCAACUACUUCAAGCACGUCCACACCCACACCAACAUUCACCACCACCGUACCACCUCCAGGCCCAGGCUCAUCGACACCAAGUACGGCAUCCCCUUCAACAGGAUCAACUACCACUCCCACUGCAAGACCAGGGGAGACUUCCACCAGCACUGCCAGCACCACGGUGCCCCCCAUCAGCACCACCAGCAGCAGCACCCUGGGGACAACCACAACUGUUCCUGGAUCAUCGACAUCCUCUCCAACUCCUGAAGGCCCAGGUUCAUCGACACCAAGCACGGCAUCCCCUUCAACAGGAUCAACAACCACUCCCACUGCAAGACCAGGGGAGACUUCCACCAGCACUGCCAGCACCACGGUGCCCCCCAUCAGCACCACCAGCAGCAGCACCCCACGGACAACAACUGUUCCUGGCUCAUCAACAACACCCAUCUCAACUACUUCAAGCACAUCUCUGCCAACACCACCAUACACCACCACCCUACCAACUCCAGGCCCAGGUUCAUCGACACCAAGCACGGCAUCCCCUUCAACAGGAUCAACAACCACUCCCACUGCAAGACCAGGGGAGACUUCCACCAGCACUGCCAGCACCACGGUGCCCCCCAUCAGCACCACCAGCAGCAGCACCCUGGGGACAACCACAAUUCCUAUUGAAUCACCAACACCCACCCCAACUACUUCAAGCACGUCCACACCCACACCAACAUUCACCACCACCGUACCACCUCCAGGCCCAGGUUCAUCGACACCAAGCACGGCAUCCCCUUCAACAAAAUCAACAACCACUCCCACUGCAAGACCAGGGGAGACUUCCACCAGCACUGCCAGCACCACGGUGCCCCCCAUCAGCACCACCAGCAGCAGCCCUCCAGGGACAACCACAACUGUUCCUGGAUCAACAAUAUCCUUUCCAACUCCUGAAGGCCCAGGUUCAUCGACACCAAGCACAGCAUCCCCUUCAACAGGAUCAACAACCACUCCCACUGCAAGACCAGGGGAGACUUCCACCAGCACUGCCAGCACCACGGUGCCCCCCAUCAGCACCACCAGCAGCAGCACCCCACGGACAACAACUGUUCCUGGCUCAUCAACAACACCCAUCUCAACUACUUCAAGCACAUCUCUGCCAACACCACCAUACACCACCACCCUACCAACUCCAGGCCCAGGUUCAUCGACACCAAGCACGGCAUCCCCUUCAACAGGAUCAACAACCACUCCCACUGCAAGACCAGGGGAGACUUCCACCAGCACUGCCAGCACCACGGUGCCCCCCAUCAGCACCACCAGCAGCAGCACCCCACGGACAACAACUGUUCCUGGCUCAUCAACAACACCCAUCUCAACUACUUCAAGCACAUCUGUGCCAACACCAACAUACACCACCACCGUGCCACCUCCAGGCCCAGGCUCAUCGACACCGAGCACGGCAUCCCCUUCAACAAAAUCAACAACCACUCCCACUGCAAGACCAGGGGAGACUUCCACCAGCACUGCCAGCACCACGGUGCCCCCCUUCAGCACCACCAGCAGCAGCACCCUGGGGACAACCACAACUGUUCCUGGAUUAUCGACAUCCUCUCCAACUCCUGAAGGCCCAGGUUCAUCGACACCAAGCACGGCAUCCCCUUCAACAGGAUCAACAACCACUCCCACUGCAAGACCAGGGGAGACUUCCACCAGCACUGCCAGCACCACGGUGCCCCCCAUCAGCACCACCAGCAGCAGCACCCUGGGGACAACCACAAUUCCUAUUGAAUCACCAACACCCACCCCAACUACUUCAAGCACAUCCACGCCCACACCAACAUACACCACCACGGUACCACCUCCAGGCCCAGGUUCAUCGACACCAAGCACGGCAUCCCCUUCAACAGGAUCAACAACCACUCCCACUGCAAGACCAGGGGAGACUUCCACCAGCACUGCCAGCACCACAGUGCCCCCCAUCAGCACCACCAGCAGCAGCACCCCGGGGACAACCACAAUUCCUAUUGAAUCACCAACACCCACCCCAACUACUUCAAGCACAUCCACGCCCACACCAACAUACACCACCACCGUACCACCUCCAGGCCCAGGUUCAUCGACACCGAGCACGGCAUCCCCUUCAACAGGAUCAACAACCACUCCCACUGCAAGACCAGGGGAGACUUCCACCAGCAUUGCCAGCACCACGGUGCCCCCCAUCAGCACCACCAGCAGCAGCCCCCCAGGGACAACCACAACUGUUCCUGGAUCAUCAACAACCACCUCACCUCCUAUAAGUAUUGUCACCAGGACCCCUCAACCUCCAACUACAUUACCAUUAGAGGGUACAACACCUGGACCAGAGACACCGACAAAGACAAGUACUCCAGUUACUCCUUCAGCAACUCCACUGCCAACAACUAGAACAACAGAAACAGGAAGUACAGUGUUUACCAGAAGCACCACUAUUCAGCAGUCAACAUCCUCGGUGUCAACAAGCCCAGUGACCGUCACCACCUCUAAAGUCCCUGAAACAGGAUCGACCCCCAAAACUACCCCUUCAGGUCCCACACCCUCAAGAUCUACCAGCACCACACCAGUAACAGAAACACCUAGCCAUGAGACCACUACCACCAGGACCGCGAGCCCCCCAACAGGAUCACAUACUGCCCCUGUCAGCACCACAACUUCAGGACCAUCCUCUCUGGGGUCUACUCCUAGCAGUACUGUAUCUCUGUCUUCAGCAUCAACCAGCUCUGUGCCAGUCACCACCUCUGGUACUACUCCAACCAAAACCUUUACCACCACUUCAGGAACCACCUCUAGCAGUUUUACCAUAAGCACUGCAACCACCACCUCCACCACCUUAGAAACUCUUUCACCUGGCUCAACUAGUACAUCUGGGCCAACUGCAACAUCAACUGCAGUCACCACUACAGGAAGUUCUACAUACACUACCGUUACUCCAGUUAGUGGCUCAAGUUCAACUACAGGUCUAACACCAACUACGCCUAAAAAAAUAUGUUCUAUUUUACCUGAUGAAUCUUAUGAGGAAGGUGAGUCAUGGUGGCUCUGUAACUGCACUAAGGCAAUAUGUAUAGAAGACAAUAUCGUCCAGGUGAUUCCCAUAAUCUGUAAUCCACCUCCUAAACCUACCUGUGCCAAUGGGCUUUCUCCUGUGCCAGUCAUUGAUGAGGAUGGAUGCUGUUGGCAUUGGGAGUGUGAUUGCUACUGCACUGGCUGGGGAGACCCACAUUACAUGACUUUUGAUGGACUGUACUACAGCUACCAAGGGAAUUGUACAUAUGUGCUUGUGGAAGAGAUUAAUAAGAAAGUUGACAACUUUGGUGUCUACAUUGAUAACUACCAUUGUGAUUCACGGGAUGUGGUCUCCUGUCCUCGAACGCUCAUUGUGAGACAUGAAACUCAGGAAGUGAGGAUAGCAACGGUGAAACCAAAUACUGUAGAAGUAGAGGUGACAGUAAACAAUCAGUUAGUGGCUUUGCCUUAUAAAAAGUUUGGCGUGAGCAUCUAUGAGUCAGGCAUAAAUCGUGUUGUGGAAAUUCCUGAGCUAAAAAUGAAUGUGACCUACAAUGGCUUGUCCUUUUCUAUCAGAAUGCCCUACAGCCUGUUUGGCAACAACACUCAGGGACAGUGCGGUACUUGCAAUAACAACACUGCAGAUGACUGCAUGUUGCCGAAUGGAAACAUUGCAGAAAACUGUGAAACCAUGGCAGAUCACUGGCAGGUUGUUGAUCCCUCCAAACCACAGUGCUCUCCAGGCCUAAAUCCUACAAGUUCACCUAGCACAACUCCAGCAGAGCCUUGCAAAGAAUCUUCCAUCUGCGAGCUUCUUUUGGGAAGUGUGUUCAAGCCAUGCCAUGAGUUUGUGCGGCCUGAAAAAUACUAUGCAGCCUGCAUUUUUGAUAGCUGUGUACUUCCCAACCUAGACCUGGAAUGCUCAAGUCUGCAGAUCUAUGCUGCCACCUGUGCUGAUCAAGGUGUAUGCCUUGACUGGAGAAGUCACACCAAUGGUGUAUGCUCUCAUGAAUGCCCCUCAGGAAAAGAGUUCAGAGCAUGUGGUCCUAUUAAAGAGCCAACCUGCAAAUCAAGUCACCAAAAUGAAACUUCAACUAAACAAGUGGAAGGCUGUUUCUGUCCCAAUGGAACAAUGCUGUAUGACUCUGGCGUGGAUGUCUGCGUGAAAACCUGUGGCUGUGUUGGAGUGGAUAUGAUCCCAAGAGAGUUUGGGGAAAAGUUUAUAGUAGACUGUCAGGACUGUGUUUGCCUGGAAGGGGAAUAUGGCAUUGUAUGCCAGCCUCAUCAGUGUGCUGAACAACAUGUCACUUGUAAUGGAGAAGGCUUCUAUCAGGUCACUGAAGUCAAUCCUGAAGACUCCUGCUGCCCUCUUGUCACCUGCAAAUGCAAUACAAGCCUCUGCACAGCUAAAGCUCCCAAGUGCACACUGGGAUUUGAAAUUCAUUCUUAUAUUCCCAGUGGUCAGUGCUGUCCUGUGUACCAAUGUGUUCCCAAGGGGGUCUGUGUUCACGAGAGUGCUGAGUUCUUGCCUAACUCCUCAGUCUUUGUUGAUAAGUGUCAGAAUUGUUUCUGCACAAAUGAAGUUAACGUCAGCACUCAACUGAAUAUCAUCUCAUGUGAACCUGUUCCAUGCAAUACAUAUUGUGAACCGGGAUAUGAACUUCAACCAGUGAAAGGUGAAUGUUGUGGAAGAUGUGUGCAGACCAAGUGUAUUAUACAUGCAAACAAUGAUGAACUCAUCUUGAGUCCUGGAGAGUUUAAAAAUGAUCCUAACAACAACUGCACCAUUUAUAGCUGUGUAGAGAUCCACAACCAGCUUAUUUCUUCCACAUCUGAGAUUACCUGUCCAGCAUUUAAUGAGGACAGCUGCAAACCUGGAACUAUUUCAUUCUUACCUAAUGGUUGUUGCAAAACCUGUGCACCUCUGGAUAGCAGUACACCGUGCUCUGUCCGUGAAAGAGAAGACUUUAUUGUCUAUAAUGGCUGCCGUUCCGUGGACAGAGUUGUCAUGACUGAGUGUGAAGGAACAUGUGGAACCGUCUCGCUAUACUCUGCUGAGGCCAAUUCUAUGGAUCACAGCUGUUCCUGCUGCAGAGAAUCAAAGACUACUGAGAAGUAUGUGGUACUGAAGUGUCCUGGUGGGCACUCAAUGUCACAUAAGUACAUCUAUGUGGAAAGCUGCAGCUGUCAAGACACUCAAUGCCAGAACCCACAAUCCAGUGAGUUGCAGACAAGAAAAUGA